UCCCGCGGAGUUGACAAUGUCCAUCUAUAUUUAAUUUUCUUCUUCUUUCUUAGUUCAAUUCUUGAUUUUGCCAUUUUCAUUCCUAUUAAGAAAAAGAAAGUAUAGUGGAGAUGGAGAAUCCAGCUGAGUGGGGUGGUGGAAGAGGGAGGAGGGUGGUGGUGAUUGGUGGUGGAGUGGCUGGUUCCCUCAUUGCUAAGUCUCUUCAAUUUGAUGCUGACUUAACUCUUAUUGAUCCGAAGGACUAUUUUGAGAUACCAUGGGCAAGCUUAAGAGCAACAGUAGAGCCUUUGUUCGCGGAGAGAUCACUGAUCCACCACAAAGAUUACCUUGUCAAUGGGCGUCUCAUAGUGUCCAAAGUUACUAGUAUCACCCACAAAGAAGUCUUGACUGCAGACGGACAUCAAGUUGCCUAUGACUAUCUCGUGGUAGCCACCGGUCACUAUGAUCCCGUGCCUGUAACUAGAGCAGACAGAUUUGAAGAGUAUCUAAUAGAGAAUAAAAAGAUAAAAGCAGCUGAUUCUAUAUUGAUUGUUGGUGGUGGUCCUACUGGUGUUGAACUUGCUGCAGAAAUCGCUGUCGAUUUUCCUCAGAAGAAAGUAACUUUAGUGCACGAUGGAUCCAGACUACUGGAAUUCAUUGGUCCAAAAGCGUCUGACAAGACUUUAGAAUGGUUGAAAAACAAGAAUGUUGAAGUGAAAUUGAUGCAAUCAGUCGAUAUGAGUAGUAACACGAACACCUCGGGUGGAAACAGAACAUAUUUCACCUCAUCCGGAGAAACUAUCAAAGCAGAUUUCCAUUUUCUUUGCACGGGAAAGCCACCGGGUUCGGAGUGGUUAAGGGAGACAUAUUUGAAGGAUCGAAUCGAUAACUUUGGAAGAUUGAAAGUUGAUGAAAAUCUUAGAGUCAAGGGUCAUAGAAACAUAUUUGCUGUUGGAGAUGUAACUGAUAUUAAGGAACCUAAACAAGGAUACGCGGCUCAGAAACACUCUCUAGUGGCUGCGAAGAACUUAAAAGUUUUGAUGAGCGGGGGAAAUGAAAGCAAACUUGCAAAAUACGAGCCUCGUUCAUCACCAAAGAUUAUUGUUUCGUUGGGAAGGCAAGAUGCAGUGGCUCAAUUUCCGUUCACAACGAUCAUUGGAUUAGUCCCCGGGAUGAUCAAGUCUAAAGAUUUAUAUGUAGGGAAAACCAGGAAGAAAAUGGGGCUAAAUCCUAAGUAAUGUAUAUUGUUUCAUUCAUAUGAUUGAUCAUCAUAUCAUUUUGAGUGUGAGAAAAUGGUGUUUCCUUUUUAUUUUGUAUGUUUAUCAUGACCAAAAUUUGAGUUCUUCUACUUGCAUUUUGCAGUAGAAUGUGCAUAGGAGUUUUUGAAUAGAUCUGCUAUAUAAAUAUGUAAUAUUAUCUGUUAUAGUUAUGAGUAUAGGAUGCAUUAUUCUUUCUUUA